AUGCGUGGCGCGAGGCUGCUGGAAGGCGCCGACGCCGAGCCUCUUCUGUCGCAGUGCCGCCAGAUGGCGAGCGAAAUGGAGGCGCUCCGUGCGAGCGAGCAGCGCCACCGCGCGCUGGUGGGCGAGGACGUGGGAGGCGCCCGCGCCGCGGAAAGCGAGGAUCCGUCCACGCGCGCGCAGUGCCUGCGCGGCAUCGAGUCCGCGCUGGCUGCCCUCGGCGCGGAGGACGUCGACGAGCCCGCAGCAGCAGCCAUUAUGCGGGCGGCGGAGGACGCUAGGGCGCGCGAGGAGGAAAUGCACGAGCGGCUGAACGAGGCUGCCGCACGCGAGGAGGAAAUGCGCGAGCGGCUGGACGAGGCUGCCGCACGCGAGGAGGAAAUGCACGAGCGGCUGGACGAGGCUGCCGCACGCGAGGAGGAACUGCGCGAGCGGCUGGACGAGGCUGCCGCACGCGAGGAGGAAAUGCACGAGCGGCUGGCGAGGCUGCCGCACGCGAGGAGGAACUGCGCGAGCGGCUGGCGAGGCUGCCGC